GAGAGACUCACACACCAUCACCAUUACACACCUGUCAGGGAAGGUGGAGCAGUAACAACUGAAUAUCUGAACCUGGAGAUUUCACUGGAGGGCUCCUCUUUAACUCAUCGGACUGUUUUUCUUUUUUUUUUAAAAAUCAAGACUUUGUACAUAUAUAUUUAAUGUAAUAUUUGUGUUUUGGAGUUGAUGUAGUGAACGGUUACUGAAUCCCAACAUUCAGGUAUUAUCUGCAGGACUGAAAACUGCUCUGGAAAAUUUCCAUCAAAGCCAUUCUCACAGCCUGAAGGAGUUGGUUGUCAGCGUGGCUGUUUCCGAGACAUCCAUCUUCGGAUAAACUGCGUGAUCAUGGCAGACUUCCCGUCGAAAGUUACCACGGAGACCAGCUCCCACAACGCCCACAGCUCUCAGCAGGGGGGCGACAGCCUCCGAGGGCUCGCUGUUAAUGUCACCAGCAUGAUGGACAUAUUCUUUAUCCGGAGCAUCCCAGCCAUCCUCAUGAUGGUUGAAAUAUUUCUGGGGCUGCUCCAGUGGGCGUUGAUAGCCAGUGCCCCGUACACAGUUGUGCCAGCGUAUGGCUGGGUGAUGUUUGUGGCCAUCACUCUAUGGAUCCUCACCACCAUCCUCUUCUUAAUGAUCCUGUUUAGUGCCCAGCGAAAACUCACUGCUGUCCCCUGGCCACUGACGGUGAUGGUGUAUCAUGGCAUAGCCACGGUCCUCUAUCUAACUGCCUUCCUGGCCAAUGCUGCAUCUGUCAGGCCUUUCCACCUCAGCUCUUACUAUGGACAUAUGGGAGCCGCCGCUUUCUUCGGUGCUGUAGUGACUCUGGCGUACGGGGCCAGUGCUUUCUUCUCCUUUUUGGACUGGAAGGGAGAUGGAGGAAACGCUGCCACCAGCACAGUGCCGACCUAGGACUCUAACCUGUGAUGCUGCUCCUGGGAAAAGACUCCUCCUGUUUUCAUUCCUACAAGAUACUGUUGUGAUUUGGAUAGUCUAGUGUUGAUACUCAACCUUCAACACACUCUCACUUGACUAUUACUGCUGACUCUGGUAACCAAAUCCUGACCUCAGCCUAUCCCUAGUAUUGACAAUACGAUGAAACCUAAACCUGAUGUUUACACAUUCAUUUUCAGUCCAACUCAGUAAACUUCUACCUUCCAGCUGUGAGAAUAACUUGAAUAUCAACACUGGAUUAUCCAAGUAGAAUUUGCAUAUUGAUUGUAUUUCAGCAACACAAUAUCAACACAUUAUUUCUUUGAAGGGGCUCUGGCUGACGGCACUGUGGCCUCACAUUCAGGCCUUCUUAAAAUAAUGUAUUUAUUAACACUACUGUAAAUCCAUAACUAAAGCUGAGGGUUUCUUCAUUUACUGGUAAAUCAAUUUGAAACCAGUGGAUAUGGCUAAAAUUACUAGAACGAAAAUAGAAUCAUUUGGGACAAAAGCUGUAAUUACUAACUUUGUGGCAACAACUUGUAUUUUUUCGUCACAGCCAUAAAAGGGGUCAAAAAUGUGAUGUGUGCAUGGAUAGUCGGUGACAUACAAAUCAGAUUUGCAGCAUGAAAUGGAAAAUGUUUCCAUUCCUUUCUGAAUGUGGGGUGAGAGGGAGGAAGAAAAGAUCCAGCACCCUGGUUACAAGCACUUACUAAAAAUUUGACAGCUCAAACUUUGACACCAAAGACUUUGAUUUUAAAUAUUUCUAGUGUGGACUCCUAGGGAGUGUGUUAUGUCUAGCGUCCGCUAUCCAUUAAGGAGAAACAUGAAGAAACAUAAUUGCUGAGUUUAUUAUGUAGUUUUUGUUUACAGAGUAUGGUGUUACUCUCAUAAACUGACAAAGCAGUGGAGGAGGGUGUGAUGAAUGACUGUUUUUGUUGUAUCCGUGUCCUGCGGUAAUCUCUUUUUAUUUCCUCUCCUGAAUAUCCAGACAAUUGGCCUGUGCUCACAUUGAAACUUAUCAAUUAAUUUCAUAAAGGAAGUCAAAGCAGUGAUGAAAAUAAAAAUGUAUAUAUGUAAGGUUGAAGAUUGCAAAAUAUAUAGUAUUAAUCAAAAAAUUCCUAAAGUUGACAUUCUGAGUGUUCCCUUCUUCAGUGUUUCUGCAGGACAUUAAUGACUCCUUCGGUGAUUCAAAUUUCAUUUCAUUAGUGACUCACUGAGUUGUGAAAAGUGUGCAACAUAUAUUUCUGAAUUUUAUCAAACAUUGCUCAACUCCUGUUGUACUGUAUGUGCCUUUACGAAAUAAGUUGUGUUUUGUACCAAGAAUUUGAAUACUAGUGAAACCCUGUUGUUAGUGCUGGGACUCAACCAUGCACUUGU